AUUGCUUCUCAUGUUGUCUGCACCGUUCUGAGCUAUGACUUUGAAUCUCUCGCAGGGUCCAUUGCUGGACGCCGAUUGGCAUGGCGUCUCCAGAGUUGCCCUGCUGGUCUGUAUCAGCAUUGUUAUCUGGGCAGGAUACAAAUUCAUAUUCUAUCCUAAUUUCCUCAGCGCCUUUCGGCAUGUCCCUAGAGCCAAGGGAGGUUACCCACUGAUUGGGAAUGCCAUGGUUGGAUUCGAGCGGCCACCAGGAGAAUCAGUCUGGAAAGUCACAAAAAAGUCCCCCAACGAUGGCAUGUUGAACCUCCGAGGAGUGGUCGGCCUUGAUCAAAUCCUCUUGACCAAGCAUGAGCUGAUAUCGGAAAUGCUGGUGGACCGAGCAUACGAGUAUGAAAAGCCAGAUGGCAUUCUCGACGCCAUGGAGACGGUCGUCGGGAAUAGCCUCUUGGUGGCCAAGGGAGACGUGCACCGCCAGCACCGCCGGCAGCUCAUGCCAGGAUUCAAUAUCCGUCCCAUCCGCUCGCUGUAUCCUAUCUUCUGGAAGAAAGGCCAGGCGUUCAACCGCGCCAUCAUCUCAGAAUUGGGGAUCGACCGGCCAUCCAAGAGUGGCAAUGUGCUGUCCGGCUCGUUUGACUUUAACCACCGGGCCACGAUCUUGACCAUGGAUAACCUCAUCUGCGGCGGAGUGGGUGUCGACUUGGAUCUCGUGAGUCAUCCUGACCACCCAAUUGUGGCGGGGUACGAGGAGGCACUGGAGCCGACUCCAAGCAAGGUCUUCAUGUAUCUCGCCACCGACAUGGGCAUUCGGAAAUUCGCGGAUUACUUGUGCUGGGGGACCAGCAAGAGCUUUGAGGACUCUUGUGCACGGCUGCGAAGUAUCGUGCGUGAUAUUGUGCGAGAAAAGGUUGAGCAACAGGAAAAAGGAACGAACUCGGAGGGCAUCUUCACGCAGGUUAUCUCGUCGCAGGGCUGCAGUCAAGAGAAACUCGUGGAACAUACACUGACUCUGAUUGCUGCUGGUCACGAAACAAUAUCCGCCGGCUUUGCCUGGGUCAUCCACUCCCUGGCCAGGAAUCCAGACAUCCAGACUCGCCUUCGACAGGAGAUCAACGCCAACAUCCCCAAAGACCUUGCGACAGAUCCAGAUGCCAGACUGGCCGAGAUCCUCGAGUCCCUUCCGUUGCUCAACGCCGUAUGCUACGAAACCAUCCGUCUGUAUCCCAGUGUCUAUGUCGUCUACCGCACCGCCGUCUGCGAUACAUUCAUCGGCGGCCUGCCGGUUCCCAAGGGGACUCGUCUCAUGUCCUGCCCAUGGUCAUACAACCGCAACCCCGAGAUCUGGGGUCCUCGCUCAGAGGAAUGGAUCCCGUCGCGCUGGUUAGAUCCCAAGACAGGCAAGUUCGACCGGAUGGGUGGUGUUUCACCCAAAGCAGCCAAUAUGAGCUUCCAUUUCGGGCCGCGCAACUGCAUCGGGCAGGAGUUUGCACGCACUGAGAUGAGAUCGUUGGUGGCGGCGUUUGUGACUGGCUUUGAGUUUGAGCUGUCGAAUCCUGAUGAAGUGCUGCAGCCGACUGGGUUGGUUAGUGCUCGGCCAGGCUAUAAGAUGAUGAUCAAUGUGCGGACGGUUGAGGCGGUUUGAGGGUGGUAGAUCACAGAAUUUCUAGUAUGGCUUAUCUUAAUCUUAAUUCAUGUACACCAGUAGGUCGAUUUCUGUCGAAAUUCCCCUUGUAAUAUUCAGGAUAAUCAAUGUCCUCAUGGUCCUGGAACGGCCAGAGCCGGUCGACCGAGAUCAGGUCGUCUUCAUCUUCCGCUUUUGCCAGCCAGUCGUUCUUCAGCUGUCGGUUCAAUGCUGCGACUCUUUCAUAGGACUCGUUCCUGACCCAUCCAUCUUGUCAUAGAUCAUCCAGCAGAGACCGCCAAUG